AUGUCUGAUCCAAAGAUCGAACGGGUGGAAGAAGGAUCGCCAUCGCCUACUCGGGGUGCAUACACACCCUCCGAACUCGAGCGCCUGGGCCGCGAACGCCCCGAAGUCUUCACGUCGAUAUGGAUGGAACUCGGCUUCUGCUUCGCUCUUCUCGGAUCCAUGUUUGUAGCGGAAUACUUCAUUUCCGGCUUCAACAUUCUCUUGCCGAAGCUUACCGAAUCGCUGGACAUACCCGCCAACGCGCAGACAUGGCCCGCGAGUGUGUUCUCCUUGGUUACCGGCGCAUUCCUGCUGCCGUUGGGGCGGCUCGCAGAUAUGUUUGGCGGUUACUUUGUGUUCAACGUUGGGCUUGCGUGGUUCCUCGUCUGGUCCCUCAUUGCAGGGUUCAGCCAGAACUACGUGAUGCUCAUCUUUUGCCGAGCCCUUCAAGGCUUCGGGCCUGCCGCAUUUUUACCAUCUGGCAUCAUGCUGCUCGGUAGCAUAUACCGUCCUGGACCUCGUAAGAAUCUUGUUUUCAGUCUUUACGGGGCGUUCGCACCCGUAGGCUUCUUUACGGGCAUUUUCUUCGCUGGUGUCUCUGCCCAAUUCAUCUCUUGGGGCUGGUUUUUCUUCAUCGGCAGCAUCAUCCUCGCCAUUGUCGGCGUGGCUUCGUACCUCUGCAUUCCCAACCGAUUGGAGGAUAAGCCAGGUAAAGAUAUCAAGAUGGACUGGUGGGGUACUGCCACCGUUAUCCCCGGUCUCGUCUUAAUUGUCUUCGCUCUUACGGAUGGCAGCCACGCACCCAAGGGCUGGGCAACGCCAUACAUCCCAAUCACUUUCGUCAUCGGCUGGCUGUUCCUGGGCGCUUUCGUGUACAUUGAGGGCUGGGUCGCUGAGCAGCCUUUGCUUCCAGCCGAUAUGUUCGACGUGAAGGGCAUGAAGCCAUUAGCCCUGGCACUGUUUUUCCAAUACGGCACGUUUGGUAUCUUCCUCUUCUAUGCCAGCUUCUACAUUGAGGAAGUCGUCGGCGCCAGUCCACUUCUCACAGCCGCAUGGUUCACACCAAUGUGCGCCGGCGGCCUCAUCCUCGCCACCAUCGGCGGUCUUGUCCUACAUCUGCUUCCGGGUCGCAUCCUCCUACUUGUCAGCGGGACUGCAUACAUCCUGUCUGCCUUACUCUUCGCCAUCCUUCCUGUCAAAUUCAACUACUGGGCCUACGUCUUCCCCUCCAUGAUCUGCGCCACGCUCGGCAUAGACAUAACCUACAACGUAUCCAACAUCUUCAUCACAACAUCCAUGCCAAAGGCUCGCCAAGGACUGGCUGGCGCAUUCAUGAACAGCUUACUAUUCCUGGGUAUCGCGGUGUUCUUGGGCUUUGCUGAUCUAGCAGUAAGCGAAACAGAAGAGAGGGGAAAGCGGGGGAGCUACAAGAUUGCAUUCUGGCUUGGGACGGCACUUGCUGUGGCAGGAUUAAUUAUCAUGUUCUUGGGUGUGAAUAUCGGAAAGGCAAAGAGUGACCUGACGAUUGAGGAAAAGGAAGAGCUGGAACAAGAAUUGUCGAGGAGAGCAACCAAUGAGUAG